AUGAUUAAUAUUAGACGUGCAACACCAGAAGACCUUCCUAAACUUCAAGGAGCUAAUUUAAUUAAUUUAGCAGAAAAUUAUACAAUGAAAUAUUAUUAUUAUCAUCUUCUUCUUUGGCCUUCUAUUACAUAUUUAGCAGAAUGUGUUGAUGGGAAAGUAGUAGGUUAUGUUUUAACAAAGAUGGACGAAGACUCAACAACUCCUUUUGGUCAUAUCACUUCAAUUAGUGUAUUAAGGUCAUACAGAAGAUUAGGAAUAGCAACAAAAUUACUAAGAGCCGCAGAAAAUUCUAUGAUUGAAUGUUUUGGUGCAGAAUAUGUUACUCUUCAUGUACGUGAAAGUAAUAAACCUGCUCGUCAUUUGUAUGAAGUAACAAUGGGUUAUAAACAACAUUCGGUUGAUAGAAAAUAUUAUAAUGAUGGAGAAGAUGCCAUUGUAAUGCGUCAUUAUUUAAAUGUUAGUAAUCUAUCUAACCCAGAUGCUUCUUCAGACUUAUUAGACGUUUGGAAAUCCAAACAUCUUGUUUCAGCCUAA